AGGAAGAAGCUGAGAAAGGACUGGUGGGAAAACUGUUGAAGACUUGAGGGAGACAGAGUCCAUCGUUAAUGCUCGAACUUUCCUCUGGUUCGUUUCUAUCGAUCCCUCUACAGAUCACGAGUUGAUUCACGCAAGUUUCUCGUCGGAAAGGCUCUAAUUCAGGGGGUCUCAGGAGCAACAAGGGACAACAGGAAACUCCUAUGGAUUCAUGGUAUCCACCGUCUAUGAUCAACUCUCCCAGUUCUUCCCGCCCCACAUUGCCUAGUCCAAGCUCCUCUGGUAGCUUCACUGUAUCAAGGCCACCACACAGUUCUGCAUCACAUGUAUCUCCAGCAGAGGCCGCAGGCAUAAUAACUGUUCUUAAAGAUAAAAGUGUUGAUGAGCUUCGGAAGCUUCUCUCUGAUAAGGCCGCUUACCAAAACUUUCUACUCUCACUUGAGCCUGUCAAAACACAAAACAAUGUAAGGGACGAGCUUCGUAAUGAGACUCUGCAGCUUGCAAGGGAAAAUUUGGAAAAAGAAUCAAGGAUCAUGGAGCUUAGAAAUCAGUGUAGGAUAAUUCGAACUACUGAAUUAGCGGCUGCUCAAGAAAAGCUGCAUGAAUUGGAAAGGAGGAAAGAGGAGCUCCUGAAGUACUACUCUCCUCUAUCCCUUCUCCGUCGGCUUCAAGAGGCAGCCAAUAAAACGGAGGAAGAAUCCGAAGCCCUGCAGAAGGAGCUUCUUAAUCGAGAAAUUGAUCUCCUCGCAUAUGUGCAAAAGUACAAGAAAUUGCGCCACACUUACCACAAACGUGCACUAAUUCACCUCGCAGCCAAGACAUCACUAACAGGCUAAAUGCCUCUUUAAGGUGUGUAUUAAACUGCCACUCCCCCCUGCUUUGAUGCUGAAAUUCAACUGGUUUGUAUACACACUUAUACUAGUGUUUUGGAACCUGUUACUACCCAGUAUAUAGGUGAACAUAUAUAUGCCCAUGGGUUAAUGGUGUUUGUAACUUUUGGUCCCUUGUGUAUCAAUAUUCAAGGGGGGACCUUUUGGUCCCAUUAAAAAAAUAAUACUCGGUAAUAAUGAUAAUAUAAAAAAUACUACGGA